UUCCAGCUCCUCAAAUCCAAGCACCCAGCGAGCUCAGGGAGUCAAUCACGGCCCAGGCAGUUUGCUCCGUAGCCUAUCACUGCCCCAACUACCCCAUAACCCUGACGUGGGUCGGUUUGGGGCAUAGGACCCCUGAGCCCACCAUGAGGACGGGGAGCGGAAGGACUGAGAGCACACUGACUUUCACACCCACCUGGCAGGACCAUGGGACAAAUUUAACCUGCCGGCUCAGCACCCCGGCUGGGACACCGAGCUCCGAGAGCAGCGUGGUGCUGGACGUGAAAUAUGCCCUUAAGGGAGUCCAGUUGAACGCGACACCCGGAGAGACUAUCCAAGAGGGGGACAGACUCGUGCUGAUGUGCAUGACCCAGGGCAGCAACCCCCCCGUCUCCACGUACACCUGGUAUAAGGACACACAGUGGCUGCACCAGGGGCAGGAGCAGAGGCUGGAGUUUGAAGCCAAGGGGGAUGAGCAUUCCGGCUCCUAUCGCUGCCAAGUCACCAAUGAAAUACAGACGGUCCGAUCCCCAGCGCUGCGGAUAGACGUCCAGUACGCCCCAAAGGACGUGCGUGUUGAACUGGUGACAGGCUCUCACAUCCAGGAAGGGACCACGGUUGUGCUCAGCUGCUCCUGCAGGGCUCAUCCGCCUGUCAGCAGCUACACAUGGUACAGAAACCGCCAGCACCUCCCAGCACAAACCCAGCAGGAGCUGAGGUUUGACCAGAUCCAUCCCAACCAGUCCGGUUCCUACCACUGCGAGCCUCGGAACAGAGUCGGGAUGUCGGAAUCACCGGCCAUUACAGUCGACGUACAGUACCCCCCCAAGGAAGUACGAAUCACCCUCAAAAACCCCCAGCGCAUCCGGGAAGGCGACGCGGUGACGCUGAACUGCUCCGUGGGCAGCAGUAACCCCCCGGUGACCAAGUACACGUGGUACAAGGAUAACAGCCAGUAUCAGGAGACCCAAGAGAGCGUCCUGACCUUCCCUGCCACAGAGGAGCGGUCCGGUAGCUACAGCUGUGAGGCUCAGAACGCGAUCAGCUAUAGCCAGUCUUCAUCUGUCUCAGUGGAUGUGCAGUGUAAGUCAUCGUCUCCUGGCUUCUCAGGCAAAAUCUUCUUGGAAUUUUCCCCGCAGGUGGGUUAG